GGAGAUCAAGUGAUAUCUUUGAUGAUGUGGAAACCAACAGAGGAUCGAGGUCUACCACGGACAUACGAUCAAACUUCCGUCUUCUAUUACAUGUGCUUGGGUCAGGCUUCAAAUCUAUUCCCGCAGCGCUCUCCCAAUGAAAAUUAUGUGUAUUUUCAGGCAUUUUUAUAUGCCCUAAAUUCAUGUAUGGCCACUCUUUCUCCACUUCUACCACGACGCUUAUCGACGACUACCGAAUAUUUAUUUGAGAAAUCCAACAUUCAGCCACCUACCCACCCACCGUACACGAGUAACAAAGAAAAACUUUCUUUGCUGAAGCUUCACCUUCAGGUUCUCCCUUUCAAGAUAAAAAAGUUUGUUAAAGAGAGUAAAGCAAAGAAAAUAUCGAUCAAAAAGUCUCCAUUUAAGAAACAUAAAGAACUCAUCGAUACCGAUGAGGAAGAGGACGAUGAAGGACCAAUAAAUUAUGAUUUGGUAUUCGACAACGGCUACAACGGGUUCCUGGAGUUAUAUGAGUAUGAAAAUCGAAUGAUCGAUGGGAAUACUGUUUUGGAUGAGGAAAAAGCGUCCAAGAAAGAUUGUAAAGAAAUAAUAGGUGGUGGCAGAUAUCGCCGUGGGGGAAUAAUACGUGACGACAAGAGUUUACGUAAAGCUAUACUAUGGAAAUGCAGGAGGAAUACGGAGAAGAAAAAAGAAGUUUCCAAAUCAAUGAGUGGUUUAAAGAAUGAUGAAAAAUGUGGUGUGCUAAAGAAAAAAUGUCGACAGCACCAGCAGAGCAAAAAGCUUUCCCGUGGUAUAAAAAUGGUACAUUUUUGUUGCAUGCCAAUGGACUGUUAUAAAGGCAUUCAAGAAAAGGGGGACGAAACUCAACGCAUAAUUAAUUGGAACGAUAAAAUCGCUGUGUACGAAUAUUGA